CGAUGAUCUAUUGAGGUCCCUUCCAACCCUAACAUCUAUGAAUCUAUGAAUCUAAAACCCAGGGUGUGGGCUUAGUCACCUUCGUAAUGAUUCCCAUAGCUUCCAGCGUUUCGAGGGCAGGCUUCAACUUGCCUAGGGUUGAAUAGGGAAUUUUUCUACACCCAUGGACAACUGGUGGUACUGCUGGGUCGACACAGAUGCGGUGGGUACCAGGAAAUUGGCCCAAACCUUCAAAAAUAUCCGGGUAUAGUUUGAGAAGGUCCGCCUUGGUUGCAGGUGCUGUCAGAGCCAUUCCAUGGACUUGUCUGAUAAGGUCUAAGGUGGUGCAUGCCACCCUGCCAAGUAUUGGUGGGUCACGAUUGUCUGUUAUAAAAGAAGUUAAAUCAGAUUCAUUAGCACCAGAUUUGCAGUGUGCAAUGAUUGCAUCCUGUGCUUUGAUGCGUGCAUUGCCAAAUUCAACCAAUGCAACAUGAGCUGGAGUCUUGUGUACUUUGGCCCAAACCCUAAGCCUUUGCUACAUCUGCUGGGAUAGUGUUUGCUUCUGCUCCAGUAGCUAACUUAAAAUCAACUGGCAAGCCAGUAAUCAUGACUGUGCUAUACCAGGCCUUCUGGUUAUCAAAGGUCUGUGAAAGCUACCUUGUCGAUCGAUAUAUAGGGUGCUGACUCUGUGCAGAUGUUGAAGCCUCUCCCUUUGAUGCACACAUUUUCACGAAGUGGUCCACUUCAGAGCAUUUGUAACAAGUUUCUCCAAAAGCUAGGCAGGACCGAGACUUGUGUGUGCUUCCACUCCUUCUGCAAGCUCUGCCUUUAGUUUGAUUGCCCACCUGUGCAGCAACCUUCACUGAUGGCUUGCUUUGUUUUUGCCAAGUGCUCUGGCAGCUUUGCUUUUGCUCAACUGUAUGCAAGCUUGCUUCCUUCUCCAGGCAUAACUCAAGCCUGAGCACUUGUGAAAGCCUUUGCCCUGCAGAUAACCACAGACAGUGCUAGGGUGAGGGAGGGAUUUUCCAGAAGCCCUUUCCUUGUGCUUGCAGUCAGUUAUGCAGAAGACAAUUUUGUCCCACAACCAUGAAGGAUGUGUGCCCCCAGUGGCUGGGGGAGUACGGUGGUGCUGGUGGUGGUGGGAGCGCGACAGCAGUAAGUGGGGGAGCUCCAGCAGAUGCCGCUGGUGCUGUCAGUGGUGGGGCGAGGAGGGGGUGGUGAGUGCCAAUCAGGGGUUGGCAAUUCCCCACAGACACCGCUGGCAGUGUUGGCAGCAGGGGUGGUGAGCAGUGACUGCUUGUUAAUUACUCAGUUAACGAACCCAAGCCCCAACCACAGGGCUAAAGCAAUGUCAGCGCCUGUCUCUGAGUAAACACCCCACUGCCCCACUCCAGAGCCAGCUGCAGCUCCUGUCCUCAUUAUGCCCACCCCGAUCCCCUCCCCGGAGUGAGCUACCACUCCUAUCCCUGUUACAUUCAGCUGAUGCCCUCCAGAGCUAGCCACAUCCCAGGGCCAGGCAAGAGGCCAAUAUGUAGUUUACAGCCCUUAGGCACAAUGCUCAGUACAGGUUCAUGCUGCAAACUGGGGAAUGUCCGCAGGCUGCACAGCUUUCUCCCCACCCAGAAACCUCGGUUCUCUACCUGCCCUGGCAGGGACUGUCUUCACAUCUGCCCUGGCCCUGGCAUAAGUUCAGAGUUGCUCCUUGACAAUUCCUGCCAGCAGUGCCCCUGGCAUGGUGGGGGUGCUUAAGAGCCCAGACACCUCAUUCUCUGGGGAGGAUUGGGGGCUUGUGGGUGACAGCAGCAGGGAGAAGGAGCCCGGAUGCCUGGGUUCUCUGGGAAGUAGGAUCAGGUGUCCUAGAACAAGCGGUGGGGUUGCAGACUGAACCCCUGGGUUCCCUUCCCUGAGCUCUGAGUCACCCUGUGCCUUCCCAUAGGCUCUCCCAGUGCCCAUAUAAGAGACAGACCAGUGCUGAGGGCACACAAGAGCCAUGAUGCCCGCCCUACACAUGGCCAUGCUUCUCAGGCUGCUCGUCAUUGGUGAGCAGGUCCCAUUCCCCCGCAGAGCCAGCUGCAGCUCCUGUCCCCAUUACACCCAGCUCAACACAGCGCCAGUUGCAGCUCCUUUCCCUAUUAUGCCCUGCCUGAUGUCCCACAGAGCCAAGUGCAGCUCCUAUCCCCAUUACACCCAACUCAACGCCUCCCAGAGUCAGCCACAGCUCCCAUCCCCAUUACAUCCAGCUCUGCCCCAAUAAAAUCAGCAGCAUCUCCCCACAGCCUCUGGCCUGCGCUGCCCAAAAUGCCUGCCUUGGCAGGCAAGGUUCCUUGGGUGAAUUUGAUAUCUUUUAUUAGACCAACCCAAAUAGUUGGAGAAUAGUUAUUAAGCAAACUUUUGGGUUCACAAACCCUUUGUCAGGGUAAGGAAGUGUCAGCAGUCGGUGUGUGCUCUUCCUGGAUGGAAUGAAAAGUAAAGAAGCCAGGGGCUGGGCUGGGGAGUCGGUUGCCAGGCAGAUUAUGAGGUGGUGACGUGCGCGCCGGGACAGAACACCUGCGUGGUGCAGCAGCUGAGCCUAUCUCCAGGUGAGACCCUGGUGGCUGGGGAAGCGGGGCCCAGAUGCCUGGCUUCCCAGGGAGGGGAAUGAGGGCUGGAGGGUGAGAGCAGGGGCGCCUGGGAGCCUGGGUGCCUGGGUUCCUUGGGAGGCUGCAGGGCUUGCUGGGUUGUCCCAGUCGGAUAAGAGUCCCUCCUGGGGUACCUGGCCAUCUGCUCCAGGCCCUGGACACCUGGGCUCUGGGCUCACCUCUGACCUCCUUCCCCCUGCUGCAGUCAUGGACAAUGCCCUGCGGUUGGGCUGCGCAGCUCUGACGACCUGUAAUCUGCUCCCCUUGGACACCGCAGCUGGACUCAGCGGAUCCAGCUUCUGCUGCACCACGGACCUGUGCACUAAUGGGAGCUACAUCCGUGACCCAGGUCCUGCCUGGCGUCUCCCGUGUCAGAGCUGCGUGGGAUCUGCCUCAACCUGCGGCCCUGACACCCCAACCUUAACCUGCCCUGGCCGCCAGGCCCAGUGUCUGCAGCUGUCCCGGCGCCUGCUGCCUGGGGAACAGGGAGACACUGUGUACAAGGCAUGCAGGUGGCGAGGGCCCUCUGAAGAGCUGCUGGCCCUUGCCACAGGGCCUGACCUGGCCUAUGUGCACAUGCAGCGCUGCCACAGCAUCGGUUUCAACAACGGCUCCUUUGCUGAGGUGCCUCGGGGGAAGCCCAAUGGGAAGCUCUGCUACAGCUGCAGGGAAAGAGGAGCAGGCGAGUGCAACCGUCAGGAGCUGCCGACCAUGAGCUGUACGGGGGCCAUGGACCAGUGUGUGAAAGUCCAGAGCACAGACGAGAACAACCCGGUAACCCUACUCCGUGGCUGCGCCAGCCCCGACCUCUGCCGCCCCUGGCAGUCCCUGGACCGCCUGCUGCUGCCUUCGAACCGCAAGGUCCAUUGCUGCUCUGAGAGCCACUGCAACCGCACAGGCCCCCGCUGGGACCCCCUGCCCUCGGUGAUGCUGCCCCUGGCAUUGCUGCUGCUGCUGGCGGGGGCCUGGAGCUGAGUUGGGGUGGAGAACCCAGGGGUCUGGACUGGGACCUGCUGGAGCCCAUUUGACCGCCAGGGGGAGCCAGGUGUCAGGACACUCACAGAACCCAGCUAUCUGAGCUCCAAAUCACAUGAGCACAAUCAGCUCCAGGGAACCCAGGUGUCCCUCCAAUAUAUCAUUACCGUCAUUGCUACUGUUGCUGCUGUUUUAUUGCCAUCAUCACUAUUAUUGUUAUUAGCAUAGUAAUAACAACAAAAGAACAAUAAUUCUAACAAUAAAACCACCACAAUAAUUCCUAUAAUAAUAAUAAUAAUAAUAGACAAUACUAAUAAAUGCAAUACAAAUAUAAUUCUUAA